CGUUUUUUUUCCUUUUCCUGGCCUCCUGGUUCUUCUUUAGGCUGUUCUCAUUGAUCCUCUCCAUCGCUUUUCAUUAAUUUCCUCCGUCACUUGUCGCGGGAAUUACCUCGGUCACUCCCGCUUAUUCCGUCACUCCCACUUAUCCCGUCACUCCCACUUAUCCCGUCACUCCCACUUAUCCCGUCACUCCCAGUUAUCCCGUCAUUCCCACUUAUUCCACCCCCAUUCCAUCACUUUUGCCACGAUUUUUGCCCUCGGAUUUUCCUUUCCUCUUGCCAACCCUUCAGUCUCAGUUCCACCAGCCGGCCCAGCCGCGGGCCGAGCCGCACCUCCGCGAAAAAAGAGCAGAAAAUACUGACCUCACGCUACCGAAAAAAGAAGGAUCCAAGCACCAGCCCUGAAACACAAAGAUGGCCACCUGCUCGUCGCCACAAUGCGGCAAGGACUCCGAGUCUGCGUUGAAAUGCCCCGUGUGCUUGAAAAACGGCAUUUCGUCUGUGUUCUGCAACCAGACGUGUUUUAGAGGAGGCUGGGCCAUGCACAAGGCCGUGCACCCAGCAGAGGACAACAAGAAGUUCGACCCGUUCCCCAACUUCAAGUACACAGGGGAUUUGAGGGCGUCAUAUCCGCUCAGUUCUCGACGUGCCGUGCCCCAGCACAUCAAGAAACCGGACUAUGCACAGGACGGAAGGCCCUUGAGUGAAAUCAAAAACGACCGUCUCGGCAAGAUCACCAUCUUGACGGAGUCGGAGAUCAAGAAGAUGCGCAAGGUCGGGCUUAUUUCGCGCCAGAUCUUGGACAAGGUGGCGUCGCACAUUGCGCCCGGCAUCACCACGGACGAGCUCGAUGCCAUCUUGCACAAGGAGUGCUUGCACCACAACGCAUAUCCCUCGCCCCUCAACUACUACAACUUCCCCAAGUCCAUGUGCACGUCGCUCAACGAGGUCAUUUGCCACGGCGUGCCGGACAAGACCGUGUUGCAGGACGGCGAUAUCCUCAACUUGGAUGUGACCAUCUACUUGCACGGCUUCCACUCGGACUUGAACGAAACCUACUACGUGGGUGACAGGGCCAAGGCGGACCCCGAUAUCGUGCGCUUGGUGGAGACCACGCGCGAGUGCUUGGACUUGGCCAUUGCCAUGGUUAAGCCGGGCUUGGUGUUCCGCAACUUGGGCAAUGCCAUCGAGGAGCACGCGCUGAAAAACGGCUGCUCGGUGGUGCGCUCGUACUGCGGCCACGGCAUCAACUCGUUGUUCCACUGCCAGCCCAACAUCCCGCACUACGCCAAGAACAAGGCCAUUGGAGUCGCCAAGCCCGGAAUGGUGUUCACCAUUGAGCCCAUGAUCUGCUUGGGCACAUACAAGGACGUCACGUGGCCGGACAACUGGACCUCGGCCACGCAGGACGGGAAGUUUUCUGCUCAGUUCGAGCACAUGAUGCUUGUGACGGAAGAUGGCUGCGAGGUCUUGACGGCCCGCCUCGACGACUCUCCCGGCGGGGCCAUUCCAAGGAUAUAGAGUAUGAAUACGAC